GUCCAGGCCUUAGAUGACAUGUUGCAAGCUCUUGUGAUGGACGACAUGAGGCCCAACAUGCUCAUACUGCAAAACUUCCUGGAGAUCAUCUUGCCUUGGUCAUUACUGUCAGACAAAGUGCACGAACAGACGCGGGCCUUGGGCACUAUUUCCCGGCUGCUGAGGUUUAUUUGCAAUUUCCCUGAACUGUCACACAUGGAGAAAUUCGCGAUGAGUGGGAAACUGAUGAGCAUCUUGGGCCUCUUCUGCAUGGACUGCAACCAAGAGAUCAGCAUAGAGGCAUCAGAGGCAUUGCAUUACCUGUUCAAAAUCCUUGUGCUGCAGAGAAGUGAGAAACAGAAGACAGAGACUAUCCUGAAGGAUUUACAGAAACAUUUCCGUGGGGAAUGGCUUGCUAGCCUGCAGGAUCUAACACUGUUCUUCGGGAAAUACCUGACCCCUGAGGAGAGAGCGGAUGUGAUCAUGGUGACCAUGGAGGCCAUGACCAACACCACCAGGCAUGACAUCUCCGCAGCUUCCAAGAUGUUAAAGAUGAUCCUGAAGUACAUGAUUCCAGAGAUUGGGAAGGUGCCGGAAAUCAUCCAGUACAUUUACUACCACAUGAACAGCAUUACGGAAACCACGGCCCUAAAGACCGUCAGGAAGAUCCUGUAUCUGCUGUCCCAGUCCUAUACUGAUGAAGUUAUCCUGACACUAUUUAAGAUAGAAGAUCAGUCACAAAAAGGGGUUUGCAAGCCCUGGGAAAUCCUGGCAUCCUUCCCCAAAGGCUACGAAAUGAUCAUGGAAUAUCUGCUCCAGAGGCUGACUCCACACCAGAGAUCAAAGGACCAGGAGCCCAGCCACGAGGGAACAGAUAUCUCACCAUUGAUUGCCACCAGGGCCGUCCAUGAGCUCCUGCAGGUACCCAGUCGGCGGAUGGAGGUGCAGUCCUUCUUCUCCUCCUUGUUCCUGGCCCUGCUGUUCCAGAUCUCCUUUUUUGUGCUUGAAGGGGGCGCUGAAAUAAGCCAGGAUCAGCAACACAUAGCUGAAUGGGUGGACCCGAUAAGUUCUACCGUGGAGGCCCUGAAGACCUUGAUGCAAAGUUGUGGUUAUGGGGACCAUGUGUCUUCUAUUCAGAGACAUGGGGGCUGGGGGCUGCUCGUCAAUCCUGAAAGACACUAUGAUGGAGUCACUCUUCUGGCCAGGUCCCUGGUCGUCAAUAACUGUUGGCACAACCGCCCGCUCUUUGGCUCCAUCAUCAGGCUCCUCCAGGACCCAGACUGCAAGAAUCACUUGACAGCCCUUGUGCUCCUGACAGAGCUGCUCCAGUGCCCCGAUGUGGCAGCCGUAGUGGAUGACAUCACCACCCGCAUUCUUGCAAACUGGUUCAGGAGUGAGGAGCCAGCCACGGUGAAGCUGUUGCUGCAGAUGCUGGAGGUGUUCGUGAAGCAUGGAAACAUGGUCAGACGGCUCCGCAUCCUCCAGCCCUACGUGCUGAACUGCUGCUACUCCUCGAACGGUGACAUCGUGCUGGAGACUCUGCGGGUGCUGAAGACUCUCCUGAGCCACCUCACCUGGCAGCACUCGUCCUCCUUCCUUAUCCAGCUCACCUUCACGCUGGCGCCCUUCUUUGAGGAGGUGUCAGAGCAUCUGCGGUUGGCAGCCUUUGAGAUCUAUGGGAGUGUCUUGGCCAAGGUCAAGAAGAGGAGCCUUGUCUUUCCCUUGAAGCAUCAGAUCCUCAACUUGCUAGUCGCCCUAGUGCUCCACCUGCAGGACGUGAAUUCCGACGUGGCUCUGAUCUGCCGGUCUGCCCUCUGCCACACAGCUGCUGUGCUGGGCUGGUCAAAGCUGAAAGCAGUAUUUGCAGAGAAAGAUGUGUGGAACAUUCUCAGAGCCCUGCUGGAGCAGGAGACGGACAAAGCCCUCUGGUUUCUGAAGCAGUGUGUGGUGCGCUUCAGCAGCCCCCAGGUUCCCGUCCGCCGGGCAGCUGUGUGGUUUGCAGGCCAGAUUCUCCAAACUCUUGACUUGGAAGAGAUGGAUGACAUUGACGAGGCGCACGCAGCCCUAAGACACAUGCAGAGAGACUCUGACCCCACGGUCAGCUGCCUCACCACGCAGACUUUCUAUAUCCUGGACGCCAGGAAGAAGCUGCUACUGGCUCAGCAACCCCCAUCCUGCUUCUCCAGGAGACCCCGAAGGCGCCACUUCUGAACCUGCAUCCUUGAGUCUCAGAUGCAGGCCUGGCCAUUAGACCCUGUGACAAUGGGGCCAGAUUCCUGGGUCCUGUACUAGAAAUGGAGGUGUAGCCCUGCAGAAUCUUCAUCAUAAAAGGAAAGAGCAUGCACCUUUGUGAAAAUAGCUAUCAUGUUGUCUUUCCAGUCAAUUCUUGGCCUUCUGGGGUAGAGCCACUUGUGAGCUGCCUUCUCUCCAACAAACAUCUGGGUCUGGGCUGACCUCUCCUGCUCUGCCUCUCUGUUCCCUUCUCCUAUUCAGACACAUUGUCUGAGGCCAGAGCAAGCAGUUUCUUUUGAACCAACUACAACUAUGAGCCGUGGGGAAAGUAAUGUCGGCACGCAUGAGGUGUUCUAGAAUGCAGUUGUGAGAGUAAGCAAGAGUCCACUCUGGUUGGUUGAAGCAGGAAAGUGAUUUAUUAAAGCGUUGUCAGUGAGCUCACAAAACAUCUCGGAAAAUCAGAGAGUUUGGGUACCACAG